UUAUUGUGGAGAUGAAAUUUGUUGCGAUCGUGGCGGGGGCCGGAGCUCUCGCGUUUCUCGGUGCGCUCGUGUGCAUCGUGGCGAGCGUGUACUCGCGCGCCCCGGCCGCCGCCCUACAGCCUCCCGCGGCCGCCAACGGCACCGCGUCCCCGGUUCCCAGCGGCUCUCUGGGAGCGCUGUGGGGUGCAGACACCAGCGAGCGGAAGACUCUGGAGGGGGCAGGAACGGGCCGCGAGACGCCGCUCUUGGGCGAGCUGAGCACCGGCGGCAGUCCGCAGCGCUUUACCUUCAGUCGUCUCCUGUGCUCGCCUGUACCGCCCGGGGAAUGCGCCAUGAAGCGCCGCAGACGCGACAAAGAGGUGGAACAGCAGGCCGAAUACGACGACGAAGACUGGAGUGCCCUAAGCGCGACCGCCGAGGAGCUCAGGCGCACCGUGGCGCUGCAGAACGAGCAGAUCGCCGCCGACCGCAAGACGAUCGACGAACUCACAGGCAAACUCACCGACUGCGAGAGCGAGCUGCUGGAUGAACGCACCGUGACGGAGCGCGGAGCCGCAACAUCAUGGCCCGCACGGCGCAUCAUGGCUGGUGAUGGCGUGCGGGAGUCUGCAGCCACACAACUGCACACCGCCCGGGCUGUCGAGGAGCUGGAGAGAGCCAUCCUUCAGCUCAAAGACCGCAUCGAGAAGCUAGAACUGGAGAUGGUGCCUGCUUUGCUGAACCACUCGGAGGUUGCAGUAGGCUCCACGGGCAUGCGUUUGGCACUUGGUCAGCCUGGUGGGCGGGUGGAGGAUGUGGGCGGAGAGCUCAUGCAGAAGGUAAAGCAGCUGGAGGCGGAGAGAAAGAACCUACGCAAGGAGACCCAGAACCACCACCAGCACAUCGACCAUGGCCUCAGCACGCUGCAAGAGCGUAUCUCAGAACUGGAACAAAGUUUUACUGGUCAGAGUUUCCCACAUGGCUACAAGCUCUCAUUCCCCAUGCGGACCAACUACAUGUAUGGCUUGGUGAGACGGAACAUUCCGGAGAUGUACGCCUUCACGGCUUGUAUGUGGUUGAAGGCGACCGAAAGCGGGAUCGGGACACCAUUCUCGUACGCCGUGGACAAGCAGCCCAACGAGCUCGUCCUCCUGCAAGGUGUCCAUAAUCCAGCCGAGCUGCUUAUUAACGCUAAGGUUGCACAGUUGCCCCUGAUGUUCCCACCUGGCACUUGGCAGCACGUGUGUGUGAGCUGGACUCUCCGUGAUGGUGUCUGGAAGGCCUAUCAGGGCGGCAAGCUCAAGGGGAGGGGUGAAGGGCUCUCAACAUGGCAUCCAAUCAGGGCAGGGGGUGUGCUGGUUCUGGGACAAGAACAGGACACGCCGGGAGGACAGUUCGAUGCUUCCCAAGCUCUGGUGGGCGAGCUGUCUCUGUUUAAUCUGUGGGACCGUGUGCUGUCACCGGCUGAGAUCAGCACCUUGGCGGCCUGUGGCCAGUCUGUGCUGCUGGGGAACGUGGUGUCGUGGACGGAACAAGACGUGGAUGUUUUCGGAGGAGCCACCAAGGAAUCUGUAGACCCCUGCUCCAGUGACACUGGACCUCAGAAAUGAGGGAUUGUUGGAGUAUGUUUAUUUGGAAUGGUCACUGUGCUACUGUAUUCAUAAUCGAGUCUUGUCCAUGUCAGUGUGUGUGUGUGUGUGUGUGUGUGUGUGUGUGUACAUGUGUGUGUGGAUUUGCAGAGCCAAAGGACUGGAACUGCUAAGUGCUUAAAAGCCACUGUGUAUCUUCCUGUGUGUGUGUGUGUGUGUGUGUGUGUGUGUGUGUGUGUGUGUGUGUGUGUGUGUGUGUGUGUGAGAUCUUCCUGUUUGAGUGUGAUGUCCCCUCACA